AUGCCAUUAUCACUAAAUCUAAGUGCCACCCUAAAUGUACUGAGACUUCUCUACCAGCCCUCGUUGUGCUUGCCCCAUGCCGUGGUGCCUACUUUUGACAAGUUGGUGAUCCCAUUUAGUCUUGGCUAUGAAGAAAACCAAGCACAAAACGAAGAAACUACAAACAAAAAAUCCAAUAUAAAGGCAGUAGUUCUCGAUAAAGACAACUGUUUUGCCAAGGAUCAGGACGACAAAGUUUGGCCUGCUUACCAGCAAACGUGGAAGUCGCUUGUAGACAAUUAUCACAAAGACAACAUUCUCAUCGUCAGCAAUUCAGCCGGUACUGAUGACGAUGUGGAUCACCAGCAGGCUAAAAAGCUUGAAAAUGAUACUGGGGUCACAGUCCUUCGUCAUUCGACCAAAAAACCUGGGUGUCACGAAGAAAUAAUGGCAUAUUUUGCAAAGGUGGGUAUUACAGAUCCGUCGCAAAUUGUAGUUAUCGGCGACAGACUUUUCACAGAUAUGCUCAUGGCGAACAUGAUGGGAGCGUGGGGGAUCUGGAUCUCCGAGGGAGUAGAGCUUUCUCAGAAACCGUUUGUUAAGCUCGAAAGAUUGUUCUAUAGCCGAAUGGCGGGAUACGGUCCCAAGUCUCCAUGA